GGCGCGCUCGCUCCGGGUGUUUGCGCGCGGGUGGGGGGGGCCUCGGCGCUGGAGAGAAACUUCACCCGCGCCCACAUGCCCCCUUUCCGCCCGCGGCCCAGGUUUGCAGGCCGGAAAUGUCACGUUCUUUUUUUGAUUUUUGAAAAGGAAGCCUCCGGCCCUACGGUUUUUUGGGGUUGGAGUGGAUGUGUGUGCUGGGGAGGCGGAGACGUCCCGCUCCGGGCAGGUCAGCCAUGUCAUCUGAGCCUCCCCCCCCACCACAGCCCCCUACCCAUCAGGCUUCAGUUGGGCUGCUGGACACCCCUCGGACCCGCGAGCGCUCACCAUCCCCUCUGCGAGGCAACGUGGUCCCGAGCCCACUGCCCACUCGCCGGACAAGGACCUUCUCAGCGACCGUGCGGGCUUCACAAGGCCCCGUCUACAAAGGAGUCUGCAAAUGUUUCUGCAGAUCCAAGGGCCAUGGCUUCAUUACCCCAGCUGACGGCGGCCCUGACAUCUUCCUGCACAUCUCUGAUGUGGAAGGGGAGUAUGUCCCAGUGGAAGGCGACGAGGUCACCUAUAAGAUGUGCUCCAUCCCACCCAAGAAUGAGAAGCUGCAGGCUGUGGAGGUCGUCAUCACCCACCUGGCACCGGGCACCAAGCAUGAGACUUGGUCCGGACACGUCGUCAGCUCCUAGAAGACGCUGGAAGCACCCCUUCUGUGCCUGUGGGAGACUUUGUGGGGAGGAGGCAGGCAGACCCUGGAGAUGACAUUCUUCCACACGACAUGGGGCUUUGCGGGGGCAUGGGCCCUUUCAAGUAUCUCCUGGAGGAAGGGGUGUGUGGGGCAGGCAUGAGGUGCUCCCGGCCACCAGCACAGCCUCUGACCAUCGCAACAACCUCUCACCACCUGAAGAGAAUUAAAAGCAUUUAAAAAG